CCGGAGCGUCGCGGGACCGAGGGCUGCGGAGUCCCCAGGGGCUUCCUCCCCAGUUGCCCGCCAAGCGCGUGCUGGCAGCCUAGUGCGUGCUAGCGACCUUACUGGAGGGCUGGAGGUAGGUGCGGCGACUCUUUCCGCGGUAGAGAGCGCGCAAGAAGAGAGCGGUUCAGAAGCCUGUCCGGAGGCUCAGUGCCAAGGAACCCGAGCGGUGGUGGGCUGGGCGGGGGUCCCCUUCCUCUUCCCCCCCGCGCCUCCCUCCUGCCCCUUCCUAAAGUGCAUUUGUCCUUCCCCGUGUUCUGCGCGGAGGCGACCCGCUCUUCUCUUUCCCCCGAUCUCUCCAACACGUGCAGCAUCAGGACCGAGCGCACACGAGGCACUGCCCCGUUCGCGUUGUCUGAUCGUAAGGCGCCGAGUGGACCGGCACUUUGGUUGCAGAGCCUGGAUUUCCGUGCAGAAACACGGGUCAGGUCACUGUAGCCGGCACCCGGAGACAGCUGCGGGCGACCUCGGGGUCCAGCUUAUCUCUCGCUGCUGCGCUUCUGUGCUGAACCUGCAAAGACUCUGUCUGAGGCCUUCGAAGGUUCACCCAUGAUGUCUAAGCCAGUGACUCCCCAAGAGCCGGAACAGCUGCGGAAACUCUUCAUUGGAGGACUGAGCUUUGAAACAACCGAUGCAAGUCUGAGAAGCCAUUUUGAAAAAUGGGGAACACUCACUGACUGUGUGGUAAUGAGAAACCCCAAGACCAAGCGCUCCCGAGGCUUUGGGUUUGUCACGUUCAGCACCAUCGGGGCAGUGGAUGCAGUCAUGAAUGCAAGGCCACACAAGGUGGAUGGAAGAUAUGUGGAACCAAAGAGAGCUAUCUCCAGAGAAGAUUCUCAAUUGCCUGGUGCCCAUCUCACUGUGAGAAAGAUUUUUGUUGGUGGCGUCAAAGAAGACAUCGAAGAGCGGCACCUGAGAGAGCAUUUUACGCGCUUUGGGAACAUUGAGAUGAUUGAAAUCAUAUCUGACCAAGGCAGUGGAAAGAGGAGAGGCUUUGCUUUUGUUACUUUUGAUGACCAUGAUUCUGCAGACAAAAGUGUCAUUCAGAAAUACCAUAUUGUGAAUGGCCACAACUGUGAGAUUAAAAAAGCCUUGUCUAAGCAAGAGAUGGCCAAGGGCUACCAAAAGAGCCAACGUGGUUUUGGAAUCUUUGGUGGAGGUCAUGGAGGUGGCCAUGGAGGUGCUUUUGGUGGGAAUGCCAGCUUUCUUUAUGGAGGUGGCAUCAGUGGGCAAGGUGCUUUCGGUGGCAACUUAGGACAAGGUGCUUUUCGUGGCAACAUAGGGCAAGGUGCUUUUCGUGGCAACAUAGGUGGUGGUGGAUAUGGUAACAGUCCGUUUGGCUAUCAUUCAUUUGGUGAUGACAGAAGUAAUUUUCUAAGUGGUGGAAGUUACAGUGAUUUUGGCCAUUACAGCACUCCAUAUUCACAUUUUGGGCCUGUGAAGAGAGGAAACUAUGGAGGCCCAGUUUUAGGCCCUUAUGGUGGUGUUGGCCAAUAUUUUGUCAAACCACAAAUCAGAGGUCAUUAUCGUGGUCGCAGAAGUGGCAGAAAAUUUUAUUUGCCAGGAAAGUUUAGGCGAGAAAUGCCCCAGAAGUGAAAGGGAAGCUACAGAUUAUCACAGAUCUGUGAAUUCAGCCAAACAGUGGUCGCAAGAUUUAGUUACUACAAAGAAGUCAUGUUUUAGACAUUACUGUUGUGAAUGGGUAAAAAUUCCAGAACAGUAUUUUUGCUAAUUAUAUAACUGGUCAUUUUUGCUUCUGUUCUGUGCAAAGUGUAAAACAUUGUACCAAAGAGUAUUUGUGUAGAUCCUCUUGUACUUGUGCUAGAUUGCUAAAUGUAAUAAUCUGAUCAUAAUGUUGAUUAAAUAUGUCUAUCUUAAAAUGUGCUGUGUAAAGUUAGUGCACUCUGAAGCUAUCUUAGUAAAUUUCCUCCCAAUAGGAUACUGCUAGAAUUCUGUAGAGUGAUGCCAGCUUCCCAUUUAAAUUUACUUCUAUAAUAUUUGAACAGAGAAAUCAUUUUCUUCAUAAAUCUGGGUAUAGUUGAACUGACCCUUACUGUAUUGUGACCUGGAGUUCACCAUUAAAAGAAUCACCUAAGCAGUCUGAUUUUGUUUUUUUUUUUGUUAGCAGAUCUUAUGUAAUGCAUCUAAAUUUAAUAAUGGUACUGAUAUAAUUUUGGAUGGUAGUGAUGUUAGUAUAUAAUUCUUUCUUAUUUGUAAUCAAUAAAUAAUACCUGAUUUUCAAAAUAAAGUGCA